AUGAUUGUGAUGACACACCUCGUGGCGCCGAAACUGAUCGAUCCUCGUGAGAUUACAACGGAGGAAUCUGUAUUCCAGACACGCAGUAAUCAGGAGCUGAAAAUUUAUCGCGCUGGUCCUCCUGACCCUAAGCCGAAAGAGGAUGACAAGAAGGAACAAGAUGCAAAAACAGAAGACAAGAAAGAAGAGUCAGGAAGCAGCCCGCAACGGAGCCGACCCAAACCUCGCGGUGCAUCUCGGUCUGCUGGAGGCGAAGCAGACACCGCUAAAAAAGAAGGACAAGAAGCCAAACCUGGCUCAGACGGGGAUGACAAAAAGUCAAGCGAUGAACGGGCCACAGGAAGGGGGAAUCAAGCAGCAGCGUCUGGUGCGAGGUCCCCUAGAAGCCCGCGGCGGCAAGCCCGAGAAGUCUCCGACGAAGGUAAAAGGGAAGACAGUGAAGGUGACGAAGAAGCAGAAGAAGAAGAAGAAGAAUCUAAAAAAAACACUGAUGAAAGGAACCAGACGAACCGUCGCAAUUCAGAGGAAAGGCGUAGACGCCCAGAGCGGAAGAAAGAAGAUGAUUCCGAAGAAGACUUUGAUGAUGAUGCCGCGGACGGAGAGGAAGACGAAAAUGACGAGAAGAAAGAAAAGAAAGAGGACAACAGUGGACAAAAAGGAAAACGGCAGGCAAGACGUCCUCGAGAUGAAGACGAUGAAGAUGACGCCGAAGAUGAUGCGUCUGACAGCGACGAGCCACAAGCUCGCAAAGACGAAAGGAGCAACCGAAGGCAAACACGAAAUAGUUCUCAGCGAGCGCGGAUGACAGAAGAAGUCAGCGAUGACGAUGAGGACGAUGAUGAAGACCGCGCACCAAGAAGACGAGAGGAGGCGCGGCGUUCAGAGCGUUCACAAGGCCAGCAGCGUCGAAGCAGCCGCCCCCGUUCGGACUCCGUGAGUGAUGACGAAGAUGAAGACAAUGAUGCAUCCGCGAAGAAAAAGGAGACACAGCGUUCCACUCGUGCGCGCACUCAGCAAAGUCAACGUAGCCGUUCUCGCCCAGACUAUAAGGAUGAUGAUCAAGAUGAUGAUGAUGACGAUGACACCGCGUCUGAGGACAAAGAGGAGCCACGGCGCUCCACCGGAUCGAGAAGUCAACAAGGGCGUAGUAACCGUCCCCGUUCUGAUGAUAAGAACGAUGAUAGUGAUGAUGAUGACGAUGAUGGCAAGGAGGACGAUAGGAAUUUGGAGGAGAGAAACGAACAGCGGCGUUUCGGGGGCUCACAGGGGCAGCGGGCUCGAAACAGCCGUUCUCGUCAUGAAGAAAAAAAAGAUGAUAACGAUGGCCUUGGCGAUAAUGACGACGACGUUAGCGAUGAUGACGAUGGCGAUGGCGAUGGCGAUGGCGAUGAUGAUAAGACAUCACAAGACAGGAAUAAAGCUCGACGUUCAGCACGCCAGCAAAAAAGCGUUCGGAGCAACCGUUCGCGUUCAGAUGAUGAUGAUGAUGAUGAUGAUGAUGAUGAUGAUGAUGAUGAUGAUGAUGAUAAUGAUGAUGAUGAUGAUGGUGAUGAUGAUGAUGAUGAUGAUGAUGAUGAUGAUGAUGAUGAUGAUGCAGAAGAAGAAAGAGAGAAGCCGCGGCGCUUCGCGCGCAACCGUUCGCGUUCAGACGAUGAUGAUGAUGAUGCAGAAGAAGAGAGAGAGGAGCCGCGGCGCAUCGCGCGCCCCCAAAGGCCGCCUAGCCGCUCUUCUCGUUCCCGUAAAGUUGAAGAAGGUGAUCCUGAUAACGCUGACGAAAGUGCUGGAGAAGAGGAAGAUGAUGAUGCGGAAGGCAGUGAAGAAGAGCAUGAAGGAGAGGAAGACGAUGAAGAUGUGGAUGAGAAUAGUGAAGGAGAGGAAGACGAGGAUAAUGACAGGGAUGAGGAGGAAGAACAGGACGAUGAAGAUGACGCCGAUGAAGAAGAACGAGAAGAAGGCAGCGCUGCAGCCGCACCAAGGAGAAGAAGGCAAAACGACAGGAAGAAAAUAGAGUCAGACCCCGAGCCGCACGUAGACACAGAAGAAGAAGACUUUGAUGAAAGCGGAGAUGAAGAAGACAAUGACAGAGAGGAUCCCGAAGAGGAUAUAAGGAGGGAUGCAGACUCAGGGAGAGCCCGCAGAUCGUCAACGGUAAGCCGUACCACGGCUACCACGACCCGACGCCCUCAGUCAUCGCGAGCUCGCACUCCUAGAUCAACGACUCAGGAUGUCUCUGAUGCACGUGGACGGGCGCAAAGGGGGCAAACACAACACGAGGAUACUGCCUCAGAAACAUCCCAAAGCCGUCGCCGACGUGCAGCACUUACGACAAGUGCUGACGAUGGCAAUGAUAGCGGCGAAGAGUUUAUUUAUGAAGACGAAACUGAAGAUGAGUUUAGUGGUGAAGAUGAAGACGAAGAUGAAGAUGAGGACAAGGAUUUUCUGGAGGAUACUUUCCAGUCAGAUAGUUCCGAAUUCAGAACGCUUCCCCCCUUCAGACGCAGUAGCACAUCUGCUGUUAGAGAAAAUGCCUCUUCAUCUAGGGAUGGACCCCGCAGAAGGGUCAGAGGUGGUUCUUAUACUUCUGAAGAGCCCGCAGGAGAUGAUGACAGAGCCACUGGCAGCAGAGGCUACUCCGCUGAGAGUGAGCGAAAGCCGCCUCAGAGGGGUUCACGACAGGAUGGGCAGCCAAGUGGACGGUUUGGAAGACCAGAGGGAAGCCGCACGGAGGCUACUGGACAAGAUGUGACAAUUGACCCAAAUGAAAAUGAAGAGACCGAGGCUCAGAUCCGAGGUGGCCUAUUACCUCGAUAUCUGGGGGCAGUAGAAAACGGUACCAGCACGUCAACCACCUCUCCCGCUUAUGCACAAAACACCUCACGGAGUUCUAGCAGCGUCAGACCAACUGCUGCUGAAGUAUUUAGCAGCACGGAACAAGUGGGGCGUCAGGUCCGCAGUACGCUAUCUGAAGCAAUCACGACAAGGAAAGCCACAACAAUUGCGCACACUUCUUCCUCCAGUCGGAGCAGAGGCUUUUCUUCCAGUGCUGCAUCGGGCAUUUUGGACUUCACUACUACUGUGCCGCGCUCUGCAGAGCCUGAUAACCAGAAGACCCAGGCUCAAACAGGAAGCACUUCCAUCACACUAACCAGCACUCGCGACCCAACAAGUAAAAGCAUUACCACCAGAGUGCACAGCCCACGAACCUCACGCAGGGAAGGGCCGGCCACAACUCCAACUACUGCCACUGGUGAUCACUCCACAAGCAUUCACCAGCCCACGAAUGACAGUACUACGCGGUCUGGCAUGCCUUUGGAUUCUCAAAGGCGUUCAAGAGGUACAGAGCCUGCACCCACCGGGACAGAGUCGCAUCGUGCAGAUGUGCAGCGGUCCAGUUUCAUGAAUGCACAGGGAAGAAGCGGCGAAAUGACAGGCAGGGGCCGCAGCUCCACUGAAGCGCCAGUAUCAGGCGUCUCGCCAUGGUCGCCGCGUUCAGCAGUGCUACAAUUUUCAACACCAGCACCAACCGAAACCACAGCAGAUUCCCUCUCGAGACCCGGACACACUUCCAAACGGCAAGAAACCAAUAGUGAGGAUGGCGCAGAAGGUGACCGUGGGGACAGUGGCAGCGCACGUACGACGGCUAGUCGCACACCCAGGGCUUCGCAAGGAGGAAUUUCAGGCUCAUCUACGAGAGCACCACGGAGCAGCACUACACUGACAACAUCGCGGCCAAGCCGAUCUAGAAGCACAGCUGAGGCUGACAGUGAGGAUGAAGCAGAAGAUGACCGUGGAAGCAGUGGCAGCGCGCGUACAACAGCAAGCCGCACACCAAGGGGAUCGCAAGCUGAAAGUCCCAGCUCAUCUACACGAACCCCAAGAGGCGGCACAACACUGACAACACCGCGGCCAAGCCGAUCUAGAAGUACAGCAGAAAGUGACAGUGAGGAUGAAGCGGAAGACGACCCUGGGAACAAUGGCAGCGCACGUACAACAGCAAGUCGCUCACCAAGGGGCUCGCAAGGAGGAAUUUCAAGUUCAUCUACGAGACCAGCACGGGGCGGCACUACACUCACAACAUCGCGGCCAAGCCGAUCUAGAAGCACAACAGAAAACGAUAGUGAGGAUGAAGCAGAUGACGACAGUGGGAGCCGUGGCGGCGCACGUACAACAGCAAGUCGCUCACCAAGAGGAUCGCAAGCUGAAAGAUCCAGCACAUCGUCGAGAGCUCCGAGGGGCGGCACUACAUUGACAACACCGCGGCCAAGCCGAUCAAGAAGCACAGCAGAAAGCGAUAGUGAGGAUGAAGCCGAAGAUGAUAGUGGCAGCGCACGUACAACAGCAAGUCGCUCACCAAGGGGAUCUCAGGCAGGAAGACCCAGCUCAUCGUCACGAGCUCCCAGGGGCGGCACUACACUCACAACAUCGCGGCCAAGCCGAUCUAGAACAGCAGAAAGCGAUAGUGAGGAUGAAGCAGAAGACGAGCGUGGCAGUGCACGUACAACAGCUAGUCGCUCACCAAGAGGAUCGCAGGGAGGAAGAUCCAGCACACCAUCGCGAGCCCCAAGGGGCAGCACUACACUCACAACAUCGCGGCCAAGCCGAUCUAGAAGCACAGCCGAGGCUGACAGUGAGGAUGAAGCAGAAGACGAGCGUGGCAGCGCACGUACAACAGCUAGUCGCUCACCAAGAGGAUCGCAGGGAGGAAGAUCCAGCACAUCAUCACGAGCGCCACGAAGCGGCACCACACUCACAACACCGCGGCCAAGCCGAUCUAGAAGCACAGCAGAAAGUGACGAUGAGGCAGAAGACGAGAGUGGCAGCGCACGUACAACAGCAAGUCGCACACCAAGGGGAUCGCAGGGAGGAAGAUCCAGCUCUUCAUCGCGAGCUCCGAGGGGCGGCACUACACUCACAACAUCGCGGCCAAGCCGCUCUCGAAGCACAGCCGAGGCUGACAGUGAGGAUGAAGCAGAUGACGAUCGUGGGAGCCGUGGCAGCGCACGUACAACAGCUAGUCGCCCACCAAGGGGAUCGCAGGCUGAAAGAUCCAGCUCAUCAUCGCGAGCUCCGAGGGGCGGCACUACGCUGACAACACCGCGGCCACCUCGCACGACCACUAAAAAAGGGGAUGGUGCUUCGGAGGAAGACGAAGAGGAGGGUGCUGAGACAACGCGCACCACAAGUGCCCGCGCACAAAGGAGUCGUGGCUCCAGCACAGCUCAAUCCCGCGGUAGAGGAAGCCCCAAAGUCAGGGCGUCCUCUACAGAUGAGGAGGAGGACAAGGACGAUAGCGGUACUGCGGCGGAGAGAAGCACGAGACCUGCGCCUGACAGAUCGUCGAGGAGCACAAGAGCUGGCAGGCAGACAACGGGGUCCGGUGGUGGAGGUGGUGGCUCAACAGAAGCAAAGAAACGGACAACUCGGAGGUCUCCUCCCGGCGGGGGUAGGGGAGGGGGUCCUGCUAGAGAGAAAGAUGGCGGGGGACCCGCGAAAGCUGGCAAAGUAAUCGUAAACGGGACUCGAGAUAUGCGUCAACUCCGUGUUGUAGUGAACGGCUUUGAGUCGAAAGUCGUCGAGGUUGUUAAAGCCAAACGUGGUUUCAUCUACAAGAUUGACAACAUGCUGCCCUUCAGAUGGAAUCCUGGUCCCACCAUUGUCAACUUCUUUCGGGAAACACCAGAAUAUGUCAAGCUUAACUACUUCCUACAAAAGCUUCCUCUCAAGCUACGUGAUCAGGCAAGCUGCCUUUAG